GUCACUUCCGCGACAGUCAUUGGCAUAUGACACUAAAGAGCGUAGUGUUGGUUAGGUGUAUCUUCAUGAAGAUUUUAUUCUCUCUCAGUAGGUUUUAUUUAUUCAACUAGAUUUUUUUAGACACCGUGAUGUGAGAGUACUUCUUUGUCCACUACUUGUGUUUUUUUUACUAUAGAUCUGAUACAACAACAUGGCAACAUCACAUGUGAAUCGCUGUCUUAUAAAGACAAUGACAAGAUGUCUUCAAAACAUCAGCCGGCAACAGCAUUUUAUAAAUGUAAGAUCUUUAGGACACUUAACUAAAUCGUCAUCGGACAAACACGAAGGAGGGGCUGAUAACAGGCAGAGGACUUCGGAAGACAGCGGGCGAUUUACAGCAGUCGCUGCUGUUGGACUUGGAGUCGGUGGAGCAGCAGCUGUGUAUGCGUUACGAGAUGAGGAUAAUAAAGAUGCACUACAGAGGACAGUGACUGUCAGACAGUUACUAAUAGACAGCCUGUUACCUACUGUCCAGUGUGCCUCUCCUUUUAAACCCGACAGCCCGCGCUACAAAUACAAUUUCAUCGCAGAUGUGGUGGAGAAAGCAACUCCUGCUGUAGUGUACAUUGAGAUUGUGGGGAGACACCCUUUCUCCGGCCGUGAGGUGCCCAUCUCAAAUGGUUCUGGCUUCAUCGUAAACAGUGAUGGCCUUAUAGUGACCAAUGCCCAUGUGGUUGCCAACAAGCGUGGUGUCCGUGUAAAACUGACCAAUGGGGAGACUUACAAUGCCAUAGUCCAGGAUGUAGACCAGGCUGCGGACAUUGCAACUAUAAAAAUCAAUGCUAAGCAUCCCCUCCCAACGUUGCAACUUGCCCAGUCGUCUGAUGUACGACAGGGUGAGUUUGUGGUUGCCAUGGGAAGCCCAUUUUCUCUAAAAAACACUAUCACUUCUGGUAUAGUCAGCUCCGCACAGAGAGGCAGUAAAGAGCUGGGCCUGUCCAACCACAAUAUGGAGUACAUCCAGACUGAUGCUACCAUAGAUUUUGGAAAUUCAGGAGGUCCCCUUAUUAACCUGGAUGGUGAGGUCAUCGGCAUUAAUACCAUGAAGGUGACUGCUGGGAUUUCCUUUGCUAUUCCCUCAGAUAGAGUUCGCCUCUUCCUUAAUCGUGCUGCAGAUAAACCGAAAUCCUGGUUUGGUGACUCGGGAUCAAAACGACGAUACAUUGGAGUGAUGAUGCUGACCCUCACCCCCAGUAUAAUUGAAGAGUUGAAGAUGCGUGACCAUAACUUUCCAGAUGUAACACAUGGAGUUCUUAUCCACCGUGUGAUCAUUGGGUCUCCAGCCAAUAGAGCUGGAAUGAAACCAGGGGAUGUUAUUGUUGAGAUAAAUGGGUCAAAGGUGAACACCUCAGAGGACAUCUAUAAUGCCGUGAGGACGAGUGACAGCUUAAAUGUGGUGGUCCGCAGGUCUAACGACCUCCUAAUGCUGCACAUGACCCCCGAACACACAGAGUGACAUCGGCAUAAAGAUGCUGUAAGCGUUAGAUAAAAGAUGAGUCACAGAAAUUGAGUGAAUUAAAGACAGAUGAGAUGCAUGGUUUUACGAGAAAUUACAGUUAGAGAUGUUUUAAGACGUAAUGAAGUGGCCUGGAUCUUGUUUAUGUAAGCCUUACUUCCGGACAGUGUGGUGGUAACGUAAUGUUGCGCAAGUUUUGUACAUGUCUUCAGAAGUGCACAUAUGCGCGUGGCUAUUUCUGAGCCUGUCAGCUUUCUGCAUUACACUGGACAACUAUCACUGGACCCUCUCGCUGAAUCAGUAUUGUUUUCAAGGAAACUUGAAACCAUUACAAAACAUUAAAUCCUGUGUUCGGGACACAGUUUUGCACCAGUGAGCAUUAAUCACUAUAAAUAAAAAGGGUGCACUUAUUGCUA